AGAGAGAGCAUUCAGAAGAGAGAAACAGGAGGCUGAAAGGGAAGAAAAGACGAAGAACGCAGAAUUCAAGAAUGACAAACUAAUGAAUGAGAAGGAAGAGCAACUGGAGAACAUAGAGCUGGAGGUGGAAGAGAGAGAGUUGGCAUGGAGGCAAAGGGAAUUCGAGAACAGGUUGAGAAUGGAGAGGGAAUUUGAGGAGGAGAGAAGAAAGAGGAUGAGAAUGGAAGAGAAAAUGGAGGAAGAAGAGAUGGAAUGGAGAGAAAGGAUAGUGGAAAUGCAGAUUGAACAUGAGAAGCAGAUGAUGCAGAUGCAAGCUGAAGCUUUCCAGAAUCAAAUGCAGAUUUUGGGGGUAAUUGCUAGGCUUCUUUGCCAGUAUUUUGGCUCGGCAAAUGAUGGAUUGGGUGGAGGAUUGGGGGCUCUGCCUCCUCAAGUUCUUCAGAAUUUGCAACAUCCUGGUGAGUUGGAUGACAAUGGGAAGCCUGAUGCCAAUUCACCCUCUGAAUUCUUGUGAAGAUUUAGGAACUUGAUCAAUAGUUUAUAAAACUUUUAGGGCCCGUGGAAAUUUUAUAAACUUCCAGUCAACAGCCAACAACCGUUUCCUUCUAUCAUCCAAGGGCCCUUGGAAAGAUAUCACCAAACAAAACAAUCUGAUCUUAGACCGAAUCACCAUCAAAGUGAGAGAUGGCUCCCUUGCACUGUUCUGGAAGGAUGUUUGGCUCCAAAACGAGCCCAUUUCUUGCUCAUUCUCUGUCCCUCUUGCUUUACACAACAACAAAGAGGGUUUUGUGAGGAACUUUUGGUCCUUGGAAAGCUGCUCUUAGGACAUCCGCUUUAGAAGGAACUUUAAAGAUGCCGAGAUUGAGGAGUUCACUGCCCUUCUACUUGCUCUAUCCCCUAUCAACCUUUCAUCAUCCAGGGAUUUUCUUCUAUGGCGCUUAGACCCGAAUAGAGGUUUCUCCACCAGCUUCCUGAUGCAGGGCAUACAACGGUCCACGGCACCCUCACCUUUGUCCAAUUUGCAUAAGAAUAUUUGGAAAGCCUCCCAUCCCAAAAAGAUUAAGGUUCUUUCUUUGGAAAGCAAGCCAUCUCGCCUUGAAUACCCACGACAAGCUUCACGACGAAUGCUAUACAUGCACCUCUCCCCUCACUGGUGUGUCCUUUGUAAAAAGAUACAGUGAGUCUAUUGGACACAUUCUUAUUUCAUGUGAAUAUGCUGCUACGGGGCUGUGGAAAAAAGUCCUUUCCUUCUUUAACUGGUCGGUCGGUCGUUCUCCCACAUGAUCCGACUCUGUUCGUGACCUCUACCCUCAUCGGUCAUCCUUUCAAGAAAGAGAAAAGCUGCUUAUGGACUCACUUUGUUCGUGCUACCCUUUGGAUUAUAUGGACAGAGAGAAAUCGGAGAAUUUUCCAAGACAAGGAGCAUUCUCUCAACCAAUCUUUUGAGGCUAUUGUAUUUUUGGUUAUUUCAUGGUGUAAAUGCUCCCCCUCUUUUAUCAUUAUAGCUUUGCUACAUUGGCUUCCAGCUGUACAGCUUUUUUGUGACCCAAUUCGGGUUCUCUCCCCACAUUUUGUAUUCUCUCCCAUAUUUCAUUCAAUCAAUGAAAUUAUUUCGUUUCCAAAAUAAAA